AUGGCUCCAGAACGGUCAGGAAAGAGUGUGUUCCUCGGGAAUAUCCCUUACAAUCUUACGGAGGAACAGGUGAAGGAUAUACUCAGUUCUGCAGGGACGGUGACAAAAUUCCGGCUUAUGAUAAACCCUGAGACGGGGAAGCCCAAGGGAUAUGGCUUUGCAGAUUUCGCCGAUGCAGAUGCCGCCGCUUCUGCCAUUCGCAACCUGAACGAUUACGAAGUUAUGGGACGGAAAAUUCGAGUUGACUGGCCUCACAACAAUGAAAAGGACUCGGUCCCUCCGGAUUAUUCGCAGCAAGCCCAGCCGGGUGUGUCGAGUAGCGCCGGGCAAGAUGGGCAGAGCUCACAAGCUCCUCUGCUACCAGCCCUGCCCCCCGGCGCCGAUUUGCCUCCAAACCUGACAUGUCCCAACGCUAUAUCACAGACCUUAUCCUCGCUCCCGGCUCCUCAAUUACUGGACGUUCUAUCGCAAAUGAAAUCGCUAGUCAUGGCAGACCCCGCUCGGGCCACAGAACUCCUAAGACAAGCCCCUCAGCUUGCAUAUGCUAUAUUUCAAGCACUCCUUCUCAUGAAUCUAGUUGACUACAACACGCUAGGCUCGGUCGUAGAUCAAGCAUCCCAAGCUCAAGCAGCUCAGCAAGCACCGCCCCAGAUGCAGCAGAAGUACCAACCAUACCCCCCGGCUCCAGGCCAGGUUGCAACACCUCCUCUACAUGCCACCCCUUUCGCUCCUCCACCGCAGGCUGCACCUCAGCAACAGGCACCUCCACCGGUGGCACAGGUUCCUGGUCAAGAAGAGCUACUGCAGCAAGUAUUGAACAUGCCGCAAGCGGCAAUCGACGCUCUUCCGCCAACAGAACGCAAUCAAAUUAUGGUAUUACGACAGCAACUACUUCAAGGAGGAAUGAGGUAG